UCUCUCUCUCUCUCUCUCUCUCUCUCGCUCGAGCCUCCGUUUCUUUGAAACCUCCACCACAGCUCACGGCAGCGCCCUCGCCGGAACCCUAACCCUGUACGGAGAGAAAAAAGACUAUUCCUUGCCGAGACCAUGCCGGCGAUGGCCGUUUCGACGACGACCCCCUGACUUUCUCCGGCCAAACCUCUCCUACACGGUCGCCGCCUCCUCCGACGCCACGGGCGCCUCGUAUCUCCUGCGGUCGGAAACUCGCUCGCCAUAGAUUUCUAUCUGGCGACAAUGGCGGUGACUGUGCUCCUCCUCCUCGUACUCGCUCUCUCGGCGUUCUCUCCCUCGGCGUCGUCGGAUCCCGUGGCUGCGGGCGAGAUUGCUGCCCUGCUCGCCUUCAAGCGCUCGAUCUCUGCCGACCCUUCUGCACUCAUCUCUGGCUGGGACCCGGCCGUCCAGCGACAUUGCGAGUGGCGCGGCGUCACCUGCGACGCAGCCUCCGGCCGGGUGACGGGCCUCAACGUCACUGGGUCGAAGUCUUCGCCGCUUGCCGGAGCUCUAGCGGUCGCUGUUGGGAACCUGACGGAGCUUCGCGUCCUCUCCCUCCGCCACAACGCCUUCUCCGGCGAGAUUCCGGUGGCGGCGGUCGGGGCCCUCCGGCAUCUGGAAGUGCUCGACCUCCGGUACAACAACUUCUCCGGCAAGAUUCCUGACGAGAUAAGCUAUCUUCCCUUCCUCCGUGUUCUUGAUCUCGCUUAUAACUCGCUCUCUGGUCCGAUACCGGAGAAGUUGAUUGGAUUCUCACGGCUUGAAUCCGUGGACUUGUCCUUCAAUCAGCUCACUGGAGAGAUAAAGAUUUCUCCUCUCAGUUCAUGUCGAUUUCUUACUCAUUUGAAACUCUCUAGUAAUUUCUUGGUUGAUAAGAUCCCGCCGGAGAUUGGAAAUUGCUCCAAUCUCCAAACUCUAUUACUGGAUCGAAAUAUAUUAGAAGAUCAGAUACCGGCCGACAUCGGCCAGAUAACCAACCUUCGAAUUCUCGAUGUUUCGAGGAACAGCCUCACUCAAAGUAUACCGAGAGAGCUCGGGAAUUGCCGCAAGCUUUCUGUUUUUGUGCUUACCGAUUUGAUCGACUUCACCUCUUCUGAUAGUUCUUCAGUGGGUUCGAGUGAUAUCGAGGAAUUUAAUGCCUUUUCUGGGGCAAUUCCACCUGAGAUACUCUCAAUUCCGAGCCUUGAGAUUCUUUGGGCACCAAGAGCAAAUCUUCAUGGUCACCUGCCAGAUUACAGGAAUGGUUCAUGCAGUCUGAAGUUUCUCAAUCUUGGGCAGAACUACAUUGCUGGUCUGAUACCUGAAUGGCUUGGAAUGUGCAAAAACCUUUCUUUUUUGGAUUUGAGCUCGAAUUAUUUGCAGGGUCUGGUGCCUGUCUCGCUACAAGUUCAGUGCAUGGUUUACUUCAAUGUUAGUCAGAACUUGUUGUCUGGUUCUCUUCCAGGAUUAUCUGAGUCUCAUUGUACGGAUGGUUUGAUAUUCGGUAGUCAGAAUGAUAGUUUGUUGGAGGGUGAAAAUCUUGGGACAGCGUACUCUGCAAAUAUUCUCCAGAAUGCUGGAAAUGCAUUAGAAUCAGUUUUGAAUAAUGAAUUUGUUAUUCUUCACGACUUCAGUUGGAAUGGCUUCACUGGGUCCUUGCCUUCUUUCUCAUUACCAGUUGACAAAAAGUUUUCUUAUGGUCUCUUUCUGAACAAUAAUAAGUUUAAUGGAUCACUUUCAAGCAAGCUCUUUGGAUCAUGUGAGGUUGGAAGUGGCUUUGCAGUUAAUCUAAGUGUUAAUCAGAUAUCAGGUAGCACCGAGAUGCUUUCAAGUUGUUUGCUUCUGAAGAGUUUUGAAGCGGCUAAUAAUCAGUUCAGUGGGCCGAUCACUUCCGAUAUUGGAAAUUUACAUUUGCUCAAACAUCUUGAUUUGAGAAGAAACCACUUGAAUGGCUCUAUUCCAGGUCAGCUGGGGGAGCUGAAGUAUAUGGAACAGGUUCUGCUUGCUGGCAACAAUUUAUCUGGGGUGAUACCUGUUCAGCUUGGUGGAUUAUCAUCUGUUUCAGUUCUGGAUUUGUCCGGUAAUUCUUUAUCAGGCAGUAUUCCAUCAAGUUUGGCACAUGAUGCUAAACUUGAGCUAUUGUUGCUUGAUCACAAUCAACUCACGGGAAGUAUCCCUCCUCCUUUCUCCACGCUUGCUCGACUUACUGUGUUUGAUGUUUCUUUCAACAAUCUCUCUGGGUCUAUUCCUCAUUUUGAACAUUUAGGUGAUUGUAAAUUUUUCGUGGGCAAUUACUUUCUGCAGCCAUGCCCGGAUUCGAAUUCCCCCUCACCAUUUGGACGUUCAUUUGAAACUAAUGAUUCAAACUGGGGUGGCGGAAAGAGUGGAUUGAAGCCUUUCACUGUGGCAGCAGUUGCUUCAGCCUCUAUCAUAGUUUUAGUUCUUGUAGUGCUGGUUCUUGUUCUGGUUUGCAGAAAAAGGAAAUUUGUUAGGGUCAAAAGCCUAAGGAGGAAGGUGGUUGUGACCUUUGCAGAUGCUCCUGCCGAGCUGACUUAUGAUUAUGUUGUCAGAGCUACAGGUAACUUCAGCAUCCAGAAUUUGAUUGGGACUGGUGGGUUUGGAGCGACCUACAAGGCAGAGCUAGUUCCAGGUUUCUUAGUAGCAGUCAAGAGGCUCUCCAUAGGCAGAUUCCAGGGUCUUCGACAGUUUGAUGCUGAAAUCAGAACACUUGGGAGGAUCCGACAUAAGAACCUUGUAACACUUAUUGGGUACCACAUGGGAGAAGCUGAAACUUUCCUAAUCUACAACUAUCUCUCUGGUGGAAACCUUGAGACCUUCAUCCGCAAUAUGUCAAGCAGAAAUGUGCAUUGGCAUGAGAUUCAUAAGAUAGCUCAGGAUGUUGCACAAGCACUAACUUAUCUCCACUACUCUUGUGUCCCUCGAAUAGUUCACAGGGACAUCAAACCGAGCAACAUCUUGCUUGACGAGAAGCUAAAUGCUUAUCUAUCGGAUUUUGGUUUAGCAAGGCUUUUGGAAGUUUCAGAGACACAUGCUACUACUGAUGUUGCUGGGACCUUUGGGUAUGUUGCACCAGAGUAUGCAACCACUUGCAGAGUCUCUGACAAGGCUGAUGUUUAUAGUUAUGGCGUUGUGCUUCUGGAGCUAAUGUCGGGGAAGAGGUCUUUGGAUCCAUCAUUUGCAGAGUAUGGGAAUGGUUUCACCAUCGUUGCUUGGGGAAGAUUAUUGAUCCAGGAAGAGCGUGCGGAUGAGCUUUUCUCUCCAACACUGUGGGAGUCGGGGCCAAAGGAUAAAUUAGUUGAAAUGCUAAGACUUGCAUUAGCCUGCACUGUGGAUUCUAUUUCUGUUCGGCCAUCAAUGAAGCAGGUUGUAAUGACAUUGAAAGAAUUGAAGAGAGAGUAAUUUUCAUGCAUGAUGAGCUUCCUAGGACAACAUCUAGAUGGCUACCAAGCUUCUAUCAGAGGCUGAGCACGGUAAUCUUCAAGGAAACCAUCUAAAAGAGCCAUCCAACCUAAACUUCACCAAAAAUCUCCAGUGUUGAGGGAACUUGGAGAGUUCAGGAAAAUUUGUAUGUGAUUCGCAUUGAUGCUUCAUGCUUUUUGUCGUCUCUCCAUCCAGGAAGUUGUCAUCUGGUUUAUUUGAUCACGACUAAAGAAAUCCUUGCAGCGGCCAGUCUGAGGAGAUUAGCAUAGACACAUGCACAUAUGCUCUUGCUUGUGCCGUGCAGAAGCCAUCAGCUGGUUCAUUUGACCAUGACUCAAGAGACAAGCUCUCCCUGGCAGUGACCAUUUCAUGGUUGCCUAAUCCAUCACCAGGUUCUGCAAUGCAUCUGAUGGUUCCUCCAGGUUUCUCGAUUGCAGCCAGCAAUUUUCCAUGCUGCUGUUUGAGGAUUUCGCUCGUUGUAAAGGACCGUACGAGGUACGAUAUUCAUAGAUAUUAGUUCAAAGGUAAAACAAUGACACAUGGCACUAAUGACAACGUGGCAAGAUGGUGAUGUGGCAAUAAUAAACAUAGCGUGGCAUUGUUAUUAUCCAAAUGACCCCAAGCAGUUCAAAGCAAAAAGGAAGUUAAUAGCAGUUCUGGUCAGUUUAUAUCAGUCCAUACGGUUCUAUCAACCAGAUAAAGAGAAAGAAGGGAAACUUCUGCUAGGCCUCUUUCAACACUCGGACAUUUCAAUAAGGUUACUUCAUGCUUGAAAUCGAUCAAAAGUUAUUUCUCCAGCAGUGAGAUCGAUCUCUCCUAAGUGUAUCUUAUCUCAAUUCUCUUUGAAAUAUAUGAACAUUAUCUUUUCCUCAUGCA